UGUUUCUUCACGGUCACACCAGUGUGAAAGCCAACAUGGCAACAUGCACGAGAAGCCUUUUAAAAGUUGUAGCAGGAUGCCAAAGACAGCUCCUAAAUGCAGGUUGUCCAACAUACUCCUACAACACACCCGCCUCUCUAACUGCACCCAGGCAACUCACAGUAAGGACCUUUGCGGCCGUGAAGCCGAAAAGACAAGACAAGAAGAAAGAGGAGAAGAAAGUAAAAGAGGAGAAGAAAGAGAAGAAGGUGAUCGAUAAUACGGGCCGCCACAAGCCGUUUGGUCUAACGGCGUGGGCUCCUGUUGAUGACGUGUACUUGUCGCGGUACUACCCGCGACCUUCCCAUGGGGCUGCAGAGGCUGUCGAUAUGCUGAAGAGCUUUCAGAAGCUGGACCUCACACCCCCACACCAGUCUGUUUAUAUCGAGCUGAAGCUGGACAUGAAACUAGAGAAGAAGAAAAAGGUAGAUACCUUUGUCAGCACUGUUCACUUACCACACCCAUUUAAGACCGAAGCAAACAAAGUAGGAGUCUUCACAGAGGAUCCUGAUCAGGCCAGCCUGGCCCUGCAGAAUGGGGCUGCCUUCGCGGGGGGAGCAGACCUGGUGCAGAAGAUCUUGGAUGAUGAGGUGGAUGCUGACUUCUACGUGGCUGUGCCAGACAUGCUCCCCAAACUAGUUCUUUUGAAGAACAAACUGAGAAAAAAGUUUCCCAAGAGCAGGAGAGGGUCUGUGGGCAUAAACAUUCCCAAGAUGCUGGAGCUGUUCAAGACGGGUCAUGAGUACCUGGUGGAGAAGGAGUGCUACGUCAGCACACAAGUGGGCUUGCUGGACAUGCCCAAGGAACAGUUACUUGCCAACAUCCAGACAGUCCUUGUGGAUGUGUGUACCCACCGGCCAGCCAGCUACGGGCCGUUCAUAGAGAGAGCCAUCAUCUCAAGCCAAACAAGUGAGGCUCUGCACUUCAGCAGUGAAGAACUCCUGCCCAAAGAGCUCCAGAAAGAGUGAAAGUAUUGGUCAUAAAACCACCAUGUACGUGUGCAUAGUUACUGUAUUAAAACAUUUAAAAUAUGAA